UCAUGUGCUCCAAAAGUUAUCAAAUUUAUCAACAAUUCAAGGUCUUAGCACGGCCAAUCUGAAAAGGUCAUGUAAUUGAACAUUAUUUAGCAAAUCCCACCGAUCCUUCCUUAUCCAAUUCCCCAGGUAGUGCAAAAUUACACACUAAAAUGUCCCGUAUAUACAGAGUUUUGGUCACAUCAGCAGACAAAUUUGUCCCAUCGAAACUCCGCCCGCUAUGGGAACACGAAGCUGGACCUAAAACGAUAUUCUUUUGGGCUCCUGCUUUCAAAUGGGGCUUGGUGAUAGCAGGUUUGGGUGACUUGAAUCGGCCUGUUGAGACCCUCUCUAUACCUCAGUCCGCAUCAUUGGCUGCAACUGGCAUUAUCUGGUCUCGGUACUCUCUUGUCAUUAUACCGAAAAACUAUAGUUUGUUUGCCGUUAAUGUUUUUGUAGCUCUAACUAGUUUAUACCAAAUUGGCAGGGCUUUCAAAUAUCAACAAGCCCUUAAAAACAAAGAAGAGAAGAAAUAACAUUUUGAUAUAAUCUUAUUAGACAAUUUACAUAUUUAUUUUAGAAAAAUACAUUUAUCAGAAUCAACACAGCACAGCACAGUGAAUCAGAACAGCACUAAAAUAAUAAGACAGUUAAAUAUUGCAUUUAGAAUCACAGAGGUGCAAUAGCAUUAACCUAUUGAAAAACACAAAUAUUUAAUAGUUAAAAUUAUCAUUUAUGUAUAUUGUAUAUAAACAGGAAUAAUAAAUUGUUACGCACUGGGGUUGGGGAUAAAUAAAAUUCUACCGAAUUACAAGUUAAACACCUAAAACACUUCAUAAGCACUUUAAAAUUCUCAAUCCACUUCCGGUUCGCUUCGGGUGAUCCGUUCGCUGUUUCGCUUCGAGUAGUUCAUAUUACUAACUGACUGCGUGCCACCUCUGCAACGCUUUUAUAGUCGAGACGAAAUCCCUAGAAUCGUCGAGAAAAUUCCACACAAGUCGAGUAAAUUCGAUGUGUGUUUCCGCUAUCAAUAGAUGGCGUUGUACUUCUCGAGCGUUCUACUAGAUUCUUCGAUAUUCGUUCGGCUAUUCGGCGAUAGAUGGCGUUACUGUUACCGCCGUAACAAUAUAAUUACUCUGUUAACUUAAAGUUGCAAUAAGUAUGUUUAAUUCAAAAAUUCGUUUAAAAGGGAACGCUAAUUUUCUAUUUGAAAUGGAUAAAAUGUUGAUUUGUUGUCAACAACAGUAAUUUAAACAUCGCAUUUCAAAUUUAAAUUGAGUCUUGGUGGUUUAUAAGAAAUACUGGAUUUAGUUGCACAAAAAUUAUAAAAAAAUAUGCUAGAAAAAAUUUAAUGUAAGCGUUGUGCUGAAUUUAUUAGAAUAAGAGAAUAUUUAUAUUAGCUUUUUAAAUUAGAAUUUUGGUGACGUUAUCUACAAUAAAAUAAUAGUUGAGUCAAAAUUGUGUAAGUACGUAGUAUAAGUAUACGUAAUUAUUUCAUUACCACGGUAUUUGUGGCUAAAAAUUUCUAAAAUAUUUGCUAUUAGCUAUUAUUGUUUAAAUAUUAGCUAAAUUAAAAACUGUUUGUGGUUGGCCAAAAGAAUUUAAAUUGUGUAUUAAACAGAUUGCCAUUAGGCUAACACUAUAUACAAUACUUCAGGUAUAGAUUUCAUUGACUAUAGAUUUCAGUCAAAUAAACCAUCUUCUGUAAGUAUAAUGCAAUAAAAAGGUUAAUAUUAGAUUACACAUACAGUAUAAUUCUUAUAACUGUUAAAUCCCAAAUGAUAAACAAAACUGCAUUUUAUUGCCCCUUCCACUUUUUCAUAAACUUUAUGGGUACCUUAUGAAGCUGUGAUAACUUGCAGCACACUGAUUCGAAAGUGUCCCUAGAAAUAUAAUAUCAUUCUGAUAGUCAACAAUAUCUCGUAAACUUACCAAGAAAUUAUCAUUAAGGCAAUAACUUAUAUGAUUCAAAUUAGGUUAAAUAACCAUGAGGUUAUUCUAAAAUCGCACCCGAAAAUUUUACAAACGUACGUAAAUUGAAGGUUGUAUUUAAUAUAAAAAAAUAUAUAUAUAUAUAUAUUGAAAUUGCCACAGUGACUUUCAUAAAUAAUCGCUACUAUUUUAUACAUUCAAAAUGUAAAAACGGUUAUAUAUAAAUUAAAUUAAAUGUUAUUUUAUAUAAAAAUGUGUCUAUUUUUGUAAAGCCUUCUAUUUGAGAAAUAUAUUUAUUUAUUUUAAAUAAA